CGGCGCGGAGCCGCGAUGUCUCCGGCGGUUACGGCGGCUGGAGGAGGCGAGCGGCGGCGGCCCAUAGCGAGUGCCAGGGACGGUCGGGGCCGUGGUCGCGGCGGGCCGGCCGGGGCGGCGCUGCUCGGCCUGUCGCUGUUCGGCCUCGUGUUGUACCUGGUGCCCGCGGCAGCGGCUCUGGCCUGGCUGGCCGUGGGGGCUACCGCGGCCUGGUGGGGACUGAGCCGCGAGCCCCGAGGUUCGCGCGCCUUGUCCUCGCUCGUGCGGAACGCGAGGCGCCACCGUACGUUUCUCGCCUCGCCUCCAGCCAAGUCCGCAGUGAACGGAAGUCUCCUAGAGCCGAGGACUCCGCUCGAAGGACCCGACCCCGCCGAGCUGCUCCUCAUGGGCAGUUACCUGGGCAAGCCUGGCCCGCCGCAGCCAGCGCCCGCAGCCAAGGGCAGGGACCCGCGGGAGAGGCCCCGCCGCCCGCAACCCGCCAGCACCCCGCCGCCAGCUCCCGCGGCCCGUCGCGCUCACCACCACAUCUACCCCUCUCUCCCCACCCCUCUCCACCGACCCUCCCGGAGACCUUCCCACCGGGAUUAUGGGACUUUAUCCAAUCGGUUUGUAAUAACGCCUCAAAGACAUUAUCCGAUCCAGCAAGCCCAGUAUUCCUUACUGGGGGUCCUGCCCACAGUGUGCUGGAAUGGUUGUCAUAAGAAGCCCAUGCUGUCUACUCACAACUCAAGGAUGGUGUGUAGCCCAGUGACUGUGAGGAUUGCACCUCCAGACAGCAAACCACCUCGUGCUCCAAUGUCCGAGCAGAUAGUCAACUCAACACUGUCCUCACCAGCAAGUAAUGCCGCAGACCCAUGUGCAAAGGAGACUGUACUGAAUGCCCUCAAAGAGAGGAGGAAAAGGAACGUGGAGGAAGAAGACCAAAUACUCGUUGAUGCCCAGGAAAAUAAAAGAAGGCGCCAUGAUAGCAGUGGGAGUGGACAUUCGGCAUUUGAGCCCCUGGUGGCCAAUGGAGUCCCCGCUUCUUUCGUGCCUAAGCCUGGCACCUUGAAGCGAGGUCUUACUUCCCAGAGUUCAGAUGACCACUUGAAUAAACGCUCACGCACCUCUUCUUUGAGCUCCCUGACAAGCACCUGCACAGGGGGCAUCCGCAGCUCCAGCCGCAAUGCCAUCACCAGCUCUUACAGCUCCACCCGAGGCCUCGCACAGCUGCGGAAGAGGAGCGGACCCACUUCCUCCCCCUUCUCCAGCCCCGCCUCCUCCCGCUCGCAGACCCCGGAGAGGCCAGCCAAGAAGACCAGAGAAGAGGAGGCGUGUCAUCAUGCCAGUUCUUCAACUCCACUGGUGACGGACAAGGAGUCCCAGGGAGAAAGGGUUGCCGAGUCAACCACUUGCAAGCAGCAGAACUCCUGGACUUCCCCAUCUACACCUGUCAGCUCUGGGCGGCGGAAACGGAAGAUUCAGCUGCUGCCAUGCAGGCGUGGGGACCGGCUGACCUUGCCUCCCCCGCCUGAGCUUGGUUAUUCCGUCACUGCAGAAGACCUGGACCUGGAGAAGAAGGCUUCACUACAGUGGUUUAACAAAGUCCUGGAGGACAAAGCCGAUGCUGCCUCGAACUCUGUCACUGAGAGCCCAGCCACCACACAGCCUUCUUUCACUUUCUCCCCGCCUGCUGGGGUGCCUGAGUUCCCAUCGGCGUCCCUGACACCCAGCUCGAACCCCCUACUGGACAGCUUGAAGAAGGUGCAGAGUCCCCUGGGCUCACCAUCUUCAGAACCUGCAGGAGUGGCAGCCUCCAUGGCCUCUACCCCUCUGAAGACAGCCGGCCUCUUGGCCCCUGUAGCUUCUUCCCUAUCCGGACCCCUGCCAGGCGCCUCUUCAGACACAAAACCCACAGCCACCCUCCUGGGGCUGGCCCCUGCUGUCUCCACAGCCCCAGUCACCGACACCAAGCCACCUCCAGUCGCUCAGGCUGAGACACGUGCCAAAGUCCCCACGCCCCCCGGCCCGGCUCCUGCUCCUGCUCCCAAGCAGAGCGCACCAUUUGAGAUGCUGAGCCCCCUGCCUUCCAGCCCUGCCACCCCCCCCACCACCCCUGCUGCCACCACCGCCGCCGCCGCCACUCCCAGCCUGUCUUCUGCUUCUCCCAUGUUCAAGCCCAUUUUUGAGCCACCACCUAAAGUUGAGAGUGAUGGGCCCUUGCUGUCUGGCACCCACCUCACAGCAACCACCUCCUCCAGCGCCACCCUCCCCGCCACAACCAGCACUGCAACCCCAACCUUCAAGCCCAUCUUUGACAACAUGGGGCCACCUACAUCUGUCCCCUUGUCAGCUCCCUUCUUCAAGCCAACACCUGCUCCAGUCACUACUGCGGCCACAACCGCCUCUCUCUUCCCUGCCCUGUCCACCGCUGCCUCCACGGUGGCUUCUGUCACCACAGCCAGUACCUCCACAGACUCUACUUUGAAGCUCACUUUCAGCUUUGGGACGAACAGCGAGGCCAGCACCCUGAGCAGCACGACUAGCACCACUGCUUCCACUGCUCAGCCUUUCCUCUUUGGGGCCCUUCCCACCUCUGCCGCCAGCUUCACCCCAGCCAUGCCCUCCAUUUUCCAGUUCGGCAAGUCUCCCGCCAUGCCUGAGUCCACGGCUGUCACUAGCUUUGGCCAGUCCCUUCCUGGCACUGCUCAGACAGCCGCCAGCAGCAGCAGCGGCAGCAGCACUGCUGGCUUUAGUGGCUUCAGCAGUGCCCUCACCACCCCAGCCCCGGUCACCACCAGCCAGUCCACGCUGACGUUCAGUCACACAGCCACCCCAGCAUUCAACAUUCCCUUCAGUUCGGGCACCAAGCCCCCUGUCCUACCCCCGCCGUACCCAGGGGCCAACUCUCAGCCCACCUUCGGGGCUGUGGAUGGGCAGCAGCAGGGGUCCACUGCGCCAGCCCUCGCUCCCAGCUUUGGCAGCUCUUUCACUUUUGGGAACUCUGCGGCCCCGGCCCCCACCCCGGCUCCGGUCCCGGCCCUGGCCCUGGCCUCUGCCCAGCCUGCCUUUGGCGGCUCUACGCAGUCAGCGUUUGGCAGUUUGAAAGCCACAGCCUCUGCGUUUGGCACCCCUGCCAGCACACAGCCAGCCUUCGGCAGCUCCACGGCAGUUUUCUCCUUCGGUGUGGCCACCACCUCGGGCUUCGGAGCUACCACCCAGACCACCAGCAGUGGGACCAGCAGCUCUGUGUUCAGCAGCUCUGUGCCAUCCCCUUUCACCUUCGGGGUGUCAGGGGCCGUGGCUAGCAGCAGUGGGGGCUUCGGGCUUGGGGUGGCUGCCCCAGGCACCAGCUCCACCUCAGGAGCAUUCAGUUUUGGAGCCGGACAGAGUGGGACCACGGGCGCCACCACCCCCUUUGGUGGGGCCCUGACUCAGAGCAGCCUGGGCGUGGCUGGCCAGAGCACACCGUUCGCCUUCAACGUGGCCAGCACCCCCGAGAGCAACCCAAUGUUCAGAGGGACCUCCACACCCACCUUUGGACAGAGCACCCCUACUCCCAGCGUGGGCACAACGGGCAGCAGCCUCUCUUUUGGGACACCUUCAGCACCUGGCCAGGUCUUUGUCGGAGUCACGCCUUUCGGAUCAGCGGCCCCUUCCUUCUCCAUUGGUUCAGGGUCCAAGACCCCAGGGGCUCGACAGCGACUGCAGGCCCGAAGGCAGCACACCAGAAAGAAAUAGCCUCUCUCCUGUCUCCUGUCCCUGUCCCCUCACCCCUCACCCACAUCUGGACCUCAGCACCUGCUAGGAAGAGCCUCUGACCCUUCAAGUUCUGUACAGCAAACCUACCCCAGAUCCCUGGCUUCAGCCACCAGGGCACAUACGGCAGCUCUGUGCCCUUUCCCUCCUGGAGGAAGCAGGUGUCUCAGAGAGGGGCAGGAAGAGCCAGGGCAGAAGCCCGCUACGUUUACUUGAACAGUUGCUCUGGUGAGGCUGGAGAACUACAGAAACAUCUGUACAUACUGUCCACUUCCCCAGCUUGCUUAGUGUGUAGCUCAGCCAGGCACCUCCCGCCGCCUUCUCCAAGCGGCCUCUUGCCGGAGGGUGCAGUGCCCCGCACCCCUGGAUCUCCAGCACUUUGGAUGGGUUGGGGAAAAUAGAUCACCCCUAAGCUUUACCUGCUCAGCUUGGCUGUAAGAAGUGGUUCUCUUCCUCUGGUCCCUUUAGGGGACUAUUGCCUCAUUUCUUGCUGCUUUGACCCUCACUGGUUCCCUGAAGGAUUUACUCCUUUUAAAUGAUCUUGAACCUAGCUUUGCCUUGGAGACCCCAGUGGGUGCUGCUCCUGCUCCACUUCCUCCUGCCAAGUCUGAGGUGGUUUUACCUCCAACCCUCUGCCAGUUUGGCCCCUAAAAGCGUGGUGGCUCAAGACUGUUAGCCUGGCAGAGCCGGGGGUGAGCCCCUCGCUCCAAGAGAGCAGCUCCUGGAGCAGGCAGGAUGCUCCCCCGCUUUCAGCUGCCUCCCCCGCCCUCUGGCCUCCCGGCCUGCGUCUGCCUCUUUGGGAUCACACGUCCCAAGCCUUGUCCUGUGUUACUGUCUGACGCUUGUGUCUGUUGCUCUUUGAAUCGAGUUUGGAGGAAGAAUUGAAUCGUAUGUGUGGCGGCAUGUUGGUAGUGCCGGACCUGUCUCAAGUCUCCUGGGCCUGGUUAAUGGAAUGUGGAAAGUGGCACCACUUGACAGCCACAGUGCUGACUUCUGAAUUUUGCCAUGGUGUUUUGACUUUUAAGGGCUGGCAGCCCCUGGGAUAGGGCUGGGGGGAGCAAGACCUCCCCUCCACUGUUCUCCCACUUACCCACCCCGGGACAUGGCAGGAGAGCCAUGCUGACGAAGCGCGUGUUACGCUCGUCACGCAGUCACGUCCCCCAUAGGGUCUUCUCUACCCACUCUGCUCCCAGACCCCCCAGGCCCCAGUGCCUCGCUGCCACGCCCAUCCUCUUUGGGAGAAGUAUGAAUGCGUGUGUCUAAAUUAAAAGAAAAAUAUUUAAACAUUUUUUAACAAAAUAAAAAUUUAUUUUUGUAUUUAAGCUAAAUUGCCUUUUAAAUUCCUUCAAGCUUGGUUCAUUGAGGUGGUUCAGUAUAAAUGCUAUGGACUAGAGAUUAGCUGUAUAGUUAAGUUAUGCCUGUGUGAAGGAGCUCACUGCUCCACUGCAAGACUGGAGCUCCUUCUGGAUUAUACAGACUUAAUCCUUAUUUUAUAAAUAAUGUGACAUAGGUGUAACUAGUCCCUCCCCCUUAGUGUCUGAGGUUGAAUGUGGGAAGAGCGCAAGGCCUAGUCCCAGCAGGGUGGGUGCAGGUCCAGCAGCGAAGCUUCGGCCUGGCCUUGCAUCAGGGCCCUCGGCUGUGGGGUCUGAGCCAGCUGACCACCCUCCCCGCGUGGGCACCGGGCAUGUGUGCAAGCACGUGUGCAGCACAGGAACAGGAGGCUGGGACUGACUUCCCGUUACCGGUGAGAUCUGGUUCCUGUUGGGGCUAGUGGGCAUUUUUAGUAUGAAUGUGACAUUUUUCUCUCUGCUUAUGUCAUAAGAAUAAACAAACUGUGAUCCAUCA